UCAUUGGUCCGUUCAUGAAGAAUUCAGCGUGUCUACUCCCUGUGGCUUCUGUGCUGUGCUUAGUUUCGCUAGCUUUUAGAAAUGACCACAGUCAAGCAAAACGAAGCGAAAGCUUCUGCCUUGGAGGAAAAUAAAGAAAAUUCACCGGGUGGAGGAGUUGGACUUGAAAUCUUGCAAAUUAUUAAGGAGUCCCAGCAGUUGCACGGUCUCAGACAUGGAGACUACCAAAGAUACAGGGGCUACUGCUCUCGUAGACUACGUCGUCUACGCAAGACUCUUGGAUUCAAGAUGGGAAACCGGCACAAGUUUGUUGGGAAAAAAAUAACAGUUGAAAUGCUUUUGGACAGCAGGUACUUGCUGCUGGUUUUGAUGGAAGCGGAGCGUGCAUGGAGCUACGCCAUGCAGUUGAAGCAGGAGGCCAACACGGAGCCGCGUAAGCGUUUUCACUUGCUGUCACGCCUCCGCAAAGCUGCCAAGCACAGUCAGAAGCUGGAGAAGCUGUGCGAGAGUCCCUCUGUUGAUGCCAAGACUAAACUGGAAGCGCAGGCCUACACAUCCUACCUGACUGGCAUGGUGGAGUUUGAAUUGCAGAAGUGGAAGAGUGCCAUGGAGGCCUUCAACAAGUGCAAGACCAUCUAUGAGAAGCUUGCAAGUGCAUUCACUGAGGAGCUGGAAGCUCUUUAUCGUCAGCGUGUAGACGAAAUAUCACCAAACAUCCGAUACUGUGCUUACAAUAUAGGUGACCAGAAUGCUAUCAAUGACUUGAUGCAAAUGAGACUGACUGGAGGAGGAGGAGGCAUGAUGGCUGAGAAACUAGAGACCCUGAUCACUCAGGCGAGAACCAAGCAGGCGGCCACCAUGAGCGAGGUGGAGUGGCGCGGGAGGAGCGUGCCCGUCAAGAUCGACAAGGUCCGCAUCUUCCUGUUGGGUUUGGCAGACAACGAGGCUGCCAUUGCUCAGGCAGCCAACGAGGAGACCAAAGAGCAUCUGUAUGAGACCCUGCUGGCCGAGUGCCGCGACACCAUCCAAGCGGUGCGAGAGGAACUCAAGACUGAGGCGAAGCAACGCGAGAGAAGCUCGGAUGCUGAGAACGGAAAAGUGUCCAACAUGCAGUUCCUGCACAGCUAUUUGAGCUACAUCAAGCUGUGCACGCUGGUGAAGAGGAACGAGAGCAUGGCACACACGCUGGAGGCGAAGCUGAAGGAGCCCGAGGGGGACGAGAAUAAGAGGGGGCCCCGUCCACAGGACCUCAUCCGCCUCUAUGACAUCAUCCUACAGAGUCUGGCUGAGCUCUCCUCCCUGCAGGGCCUGGAGGACGACCAUGGGUUCCAGAAAGAGGUGUCCCUCAAGACACUGGCCUACAAAGCCUACAGGUGUUUCUACAUCGCCCAGUCUUACGUUCUGGUAAAGAAGUGGAGCGAGGCUCUGGUGCUCUAUGAGAGGGUGCUCAAGUAUGCCAAGGAGGUGCAGUCAAAGACCAAGGGCAUGAACAACAACAGCCUUAAGGACCUCCCUGAUGUGCAGGAGCUCAUUGCUAAAGUCAAUGCAGAAAAAUACUCUCUUCAAGCGGCAGCCAUAUUAGAUACCGGAGAGACUGUUGACGUUCCUACUCCACAGCCCAUCAAAGACAAUACGCCUCUGUGUGACCGCUUGGAGACGUUCCGCCUGGACUCGUCCCUUGUGGGGAAGCACCCCAACCUUGUCCACUUCCCGCCCGACUUCCAGCCGAUCCCUUGCAAACCUCUGUUCUUUGACCUGGCUCUCAACCACGUAGCCUUCCCGGCCCUGGACGACAAGGUGGAGCAGAAGGUCAAGGGCGGCCUAACCGGCUACAUCAAGGGAAUCUUUGGAUUUGGCAGCUAAAACGUGAAGAGAAGCCUCCCUGGUGUCACUCAUUAGAAUCAUCUUUCUUGAAUGGUUACUUUUCAGUGCCUCCGUGUGAGGCAAGCGGAUGAGUUUUGGAGAAAGGAAUGUCAUGAAAUCUACCUGCCAUCUUUUUAAUGACUUGUCAUGGUUAAACCGGUUACCAUGUCUUAAUAAUUGCAGCCAAGUUGUUUUGUUCCCAGAGCAUUUGCAGAUUUUUUCUUCGGCACAGUAGUACACUUAAUGAAACAGCCGUAAUGGUGUGACCUUAAACACCUCGUCUGUUUGCUUUGUCCCUUGUCUUUCCUGCAGUGCCACCCUGAUUUUUUUCUCAUUUGUCAGAGUUCACAUGCAACCUUAAAACUGAUCCAUUGUUUAGAAAGAAAAAAAAAAUGGGUUGUUUUGUACAAAAUUGGGUUGUUUUGUGCAAUUUUUAACCCAAAUUUGGUUGUUUUAAAGCCAGCAUUUUCAAACGGUUUAGGUGAUUGGGUGUAACCGGUACAAAAGUACAAGACAACCGGUUGCUUAGCAGUGGUGCUCAGAAUUUAGGCAAGCUCAUAGGGAAGAAAACUGAAGCGUAUGGUGCGUUCAAAAUGCCCCCUCUGAAAUGCUCUACAUAUUUUAGGCUGUAGAGUAAGUGAGUCAACCUUCUGCUAUCUUGCUGGUGACUUCCUUUGGGACACUGACAUGAACUGAUUCAUUGGUUUCAAAUGGCUCACUUUUCUCUCAUAAGUGAGCACACCCCACACAAUUUGCUAAUUUUGUUUUCAUGGGAUGACCGCAAAAUGGCACCACACAGCUGCUUAGUUUGAAGGAUUUGGUCAUCUAUACUUUCAGCCGUCCUUAUGUAGAGUUCCAAUUCCAUGCCAUGUUGAACUGCCAGUGACCAGAACGGGAGCGAUUACGUCAUAUAAACACACCGGAGACUAACACCAACUAGCCAAGUGAUACCGGGGACGCUCCCAAAUUCAGUUGGGACCCAUUUUGACAUUUUCACUUAGGGGUGGUCCUGUGAAAAGUCAAAACAUUUACUAAAAUGUGACAGGUGUACUCAUUUUUAUUUUUUUUUUAAGCAUACCUGAUGACCAUGUUGGAGUCUUUUAAAUGUUUUUUUCUUUAAUCAUAAAUAUCAUCCCUGUAUGGAAAUAUUGUACUAUACAAAGGUCUUAGGCUGGCACUAGCUUUGUUGUUUUAUAGACCCUUUUGCAAACAGACAAACAAACUCGACUCUACCAAGUGAACUCUAUGAAUCGUAGUCAUACAUGAUUAUUGUAACAAACAACAAAGCUAAAGACUCCUAAGACUUUUGCGCAGGCCUUCGAAAUAUACUGUUUGAUAUUUUAUCAAUUAACCGCUGAUCACUCUACAUGAGAGGUUCCCAGCCUCAUAAUCAGGUUUCAUUCAACACAACCAGAAUUCCAAGUUGUAUCAUGGAUAACAGUAAAUAGCAUAUUUGUACAAAAACACUUCUAGGCAAUAUAUUUAAACAAGCAAAUGAGAAAUAGUAUGCACGCAGGUAACAGGAUGCCUUGUGCUAUGCAAUGACAUUCUUGGCCAUUCAUCAACUAGUCCAAACCGAAGACUCGCUGUAUUAUUUUUUCUCCCCCUUUUUUUUUUUUUUGUAACCCCGCGAGUUAAUUUUAUUCCCCUUUGUCAUUGUAAAAAAAUUGGUCCAAUUGAUUUAUUUUGAAGCGGAAGAAAUAAACUGGGUAACUUGAACACAUAAUUGAAA